GGAGGGUGCGUCUGUGUGUUGCUCAUCUCUCCAGAGCUGAUCGAUGCUGAGGAGGAGGGAGCGGGAGAGAGAGGGAGAGGUGAGCUGGGCGAGGGCCUCGUCCAGGCAAAGGCACACCCCGAAACGACCUGAAAUAUAAAACGCAAGGAGAUAUACAGGAGAGAGGGAGACGGAGGAAGAACACCGCGGCACCAUCUAUGUCAAGGGUGGAGCCAUCCACCGCCCAGCGUUAUUAUGGAUACACGACGACCAAAGAGACCCACCACCCUGGCUCUCUUCCCCCAUCGGGCCCAGCCCCGCUCCCAGGACACCAUCAACAACAACUCUCUAUCAAAGAAAGAGAGCUGUAAAGAUGGCCGCUCUGCCUCGCCCCGCAUCACAGGGGAUUCAGCCCAAGCAGGGGCCAGCCGGUCGCAGAAGACUGGGGAGAAAGUCCUGCUGGGCAGCCGUCGCACCGCCCCCAAGCCCCCCGGCGCCUCCGGAGCAGGGGGGGGCAGAACAAAGACAGACAGUCACACACCCGCGGGUGCAGCUGCAGACACACAGACCCGACCGCAGGGAGACAGGAUAAAAACGAACUCCACCAGCGGUGUAUCAAGUUAUCCUCGUAGAGGAGCAGGAGCAGGAGCUCACAAAGUAAAGACGCAGAAGGUGGAGGACAAAGGGAAGGCGGCGUCCAGAACCGGGGACCGUGGCAGGAGAUCCACCGGAGCGGCUGGAGGGGGCGGCAAGGUGAGCAACCUUCUCACGGGCCCCAACAUUUGUGUGGCGUCAAUGGUGGUCCCUCGCACCCCCGUCGCUCCACGAAAGCAGAGGCCCAAAGACCCGGAGAAGACGCAAGACAAGACGUGGUCCCACGACAACCGAGGGGUCCAAGACAAGACGGGUUUCCGCGACAACAGAGUGUCCCAAGACAAGACGGGUUCCCGUGACAACCGAGGGCCCCAGAACAAGCGGCAGAGGCAGCAGGAGGAGCAGCGCAGGAGAGAAGCUACAGUACAAAACGACGUCAGGAACCAGAGCUCCCCGACGGCACUGUCCCGCUCUAACAGCGAGUCGGGAUCCAACAGGAUGUCCAUCAGCUCUGACAUAGAGGGGCCCGUCUCGGACCCCCUGUGCCCCGCCGCCACCCUGCCGGACAGAACCAACACGGACAUCCGGGAGGAGGACGGCGAGGGCGAGCCGGCCCCGUCGGCGGUGGGCGCUCUCAACGGCAACGGCGAGACCCAGAGAGAGACGCACGGCCCCUGGAAGGACGCAAAGAACCGCCAGGCAGGGACGGACGCAACCAGAGAUCAGCUGAAGGGCGACGCGCCGGGUGGAUUGAGUUACAGCUGUAUGAGGUACGGCCUGGGGCCGGACGGCCAGCCCCUGGAGCUGGACCUGGCCACGGAGCUGGCCAAGGGCCGCAAGGACGACGACAGCGACACGGAGACCGUCUACCAGUCGGCCAACGAGGAGGAGGACCCCGAGUACGAGGAGGAGAGGACACGGCUGGAGAGGGAGAGGCUGCAAGAGCAGAGGAUAGAGGAGAGGAAAAGAAGGGAACUACAAAACACGAGGCGAGAGGAGGUGGUCAAACUCAUCAGGCAGUCCAAGAUGGUUGCUGUGACAAAGAGUGUGGAGGAGCCCUCCAGCAUUAAGAGCAAAGCACCGGCAACCAGGAAGUUCCUCAACUUGUUUGUGAACGGCAACCAGUACAAGUCCACCGGUGCUGAGUCAUUCGGAGUGUUCUCCUGCUUUCUGGACGGAGUCGAGAAACAGCAAAGCCACAGAGCUGUCUACAGGUUUGUCCCCCGCCAUGCUGACGAGCUCUACCUAGAGACAGAUGACCCUGUGCUGAUGGUGUCCCAGUCGGAGGACCUUUGGUGCCAGGGUUACAACAUGAGGACCGGAUCUACUGGGAUCUUCCCCACUUACUAUGCUGUCAGGGUCUCCAAGGAACCCAGCCACGCUCCUACUGACGCUUGGAUGGAUCAGUUCCCGGUGCGGUUCCUGGGUUCUGUUCAGGUCCCGGUCCACCAGGGAAACCACGUGCUCUGUGCGGCAAUGCAGAAGGUUGCAUGUAACAGGCAAAUAUCUAUGCAACCUCCACCUGCCUGUGUCCUUGAGGUUAGUGUGUCUGGUUUGAAGAUCAGUGCCCAGGACAAGUGUUGUUCCUCUACCAGGGGUGACCAAUGUUCACAUUUCUUCCAAUUGAAGAAUAUCUCCUUUUGUGGCUGCCAUCCAAAACACAACAAGUAUUUUGGCUUCAUUAGCAAGCACCCGGACCAGCAGCGCUUUGCCUGUCACGUGGUGACGACCGACGAGACAUCCCUUCCUCUGGCUGAGUCCGUAGGGAGGGCAUUUCAGCAGUACUACGCGGAACACAUCGGCUACUCCUGUCCCACCGAGGACAUCUUCAUCGACUAGACCCUAAAGUCCUUUGUAAAGCACUGCACUCGUUUUUAAACAGCAAACUGGAUGCCGUUUCUUCAAACUACCUGGGUAGUAGACAUUCCCUUUCGUUCCCCAAUGGCAGCCUGUCAACUAGCACAUGACUUGAGAUACUGCGAUGAGUUGAUCGAGGCAAGGUGGGAGGGAGGAGGAUGGAGAAGGUCAGGGUUAGUCUAUGUGUCUCACAUGGAAUCACAAAGGGUGUUUUUGUGGCUCUUUAAAUACGUAUGGAUGCAAGUAGAUUGCAGCUUUUGGUUCCCCAAAGUUAUAAUAAUGGCAUGUAAAACUAUUUGACAAAGACGAUGUGAUCAGUAUUGUUGUAUAGGCCAACUAUAAUCCACUCAGUGGGCAACCGUGGCAUCAAACCAUUGAAGAAUUAAUGUCACGGUCUGACUGAAUAUUGGAUGUAGACUCAUAUAACCAUGCAAGUCCCUUCCCUCUUAGGGGCCCGGCCCCUACAGAAAUGUUACGUACACAAAGCAAACAGAAACCUCCACCUGAGGACCUAGACCUGAUCAAUUAUUUUCAGGUGAGAAACCCAAGAUUAGCCACCUCAACACUUGACAAUCAUUAAGAUAUUGAGGGAUAAUUCUUGAAAAUCACUUGUGAUUUCAAGUGCCCACUUUCUAUUUUUUUGCUGCUUGAUUUAUCCUUUUCCUCCAUCUCUAAACAAAGUUAUCCAAAUAUGGCUUCUAACCAAGACAUAAUUCCACAAUAUUUCCUGGUAGUGUAAGAUGUUCUUUUGUCUUUUAAAAACAAGGCUCUUAUGACAGAUGUGCAAUUUAACAUUUCUAUGACCAAUUAAUCCAUUGCAACGUUCACAUCGCAGUGCAGUCACAUUAUCUUUCGCAUUACUAGCUUGAAUCCUAUUGGCUAUGAGAAAGAGAACAAACUGUAUUGAAGAUUAAGGCGAGAUCUCUGAAUUGGAUUUUUGUGAGACAUUCAUGAGACAUCCAUGUGCUUUAUCCUGCUACAACAACCAUAAUCCUAAAAAAGGACUCGGCUGAAUCCAGCAUUAAUCCAUCCAAGAAGAUUCUACACAGACAAUUGUUCUGCCAUGCAUCUAUGAUUUUAGUGGCAGAUGUGAAAGAGGAAAUGUUUGGACAGUUGUCUCCUGUAUUUUGAAAAAAAAAAACAGUGCCUAUUUUCUGUGUAGUGGUAAUGACUGUGUUGAGUGUUGAUUGGAGAAGCCUGAAGAUCACAGAACUUAGUGGCUACAAAAGUCAUGUCUAUUUAAAUCAACGUUUUAUCUGUCGCAAGAUAUGGAAUAUGGUACACCUAAGAUGUCUUGCUUCCA